AUGUCAUCGAAAGAUUCAUCAUCUCAAAUCAGUCCCAUUCAUCGUAUUCAUCCAUUUUAUUAUAUUCAUGUAUUAGAUCAAAAUACAAGUGUAACACGUUUAGAAAUUGGUCCACAAAAAUUUUUCAGACAAGAUAAUGAAACAAUUCGUACUGGACCUGAGAAAAUGAUUACUAUACCACCAGGACAUUAUUGUAUUAUUGAAAAUCCGGUUGUAAAAAAUGAAAUGGGUCAAGUACAAUUCGAUGAAAAUGGACAAGUUAAAUUAUUACAUGGUAAUUUAGAUAUUAGAUUGAAUAAAGAUUACAAAGAUCCGUUUCCAUUAUAUCCCGGAGAGGUUUUAAAACAACCUGUAACUUUAUUAAAAUAUGUUGCAGCUAAUUCAGCAUUAAGACUAAAAGCUAUUUUAGAUUUUGAUGAACAAAGAAAAACAGGAGAUCAAUGGUUAUUCGAAGGACCAGGCACCUAUAUACCACGUAAAGAAGUAUCAGUUGAAGAGCAAAUCAAUGCUACUAUCAUUGGUCCUAACCAAGCAAUAAAAUUAAGUGCCAAGAGAGAAAUUACUGAUCGUAUGGGUCAACAUCGUGUAGCCGGUGAAAAUUGGUUAGUAAAAACACCGGGUGCUUAUUUACCAUUAGCUUAUGAAACAGUUAUAAAUAUUGAAAAUGCACAUGUAUUGACAAAUAAAAAUGCUUUACAUUUACGUGCAUUAAAAACAUUUACAGAUGAUUUUGAUCAAACACGAAAUAAUGGUGAUGAAUGGCUUGUAACAAUAGAACAAACUGAAACACAUAUUUUAAAUGUUUAUGAAGAACUUGUAACAAUUAUUGAUAUAACUGUACUUAAUUCAAGACAAUAUUGUACUAUUUUAGAUCCAGUUUCAGCUGAUGGUAAAAAUCAAUUAGGAAAGAAAAAAUUAAUUGUUGGUGAAAAAACAUUUUUUCUUCAACCUUAUGAACGAUUAGAAAAAGGAAUUCAAAAUAUAAAUAUUUUGGAUGAAGAUGAAGGUCUCAUAUUGAAAUGUACAGAAUCAUUUGAAGACGAAAUAGAUAAAGUAAUACGUAUGGCAGGUGAUCGUUGGUUAUUGAGAGGACCAAGAGAAUAUGUACCACCUACUCAAGUUGAAAUAUUAAUGAAAAGAAAGGCAAUACCCUUAGACGAGAAUGAAGGUAUCUAUGUUCGUAAUAUUAAAAAUGGUCGCGUUCGAACGGUUAUUGGUCAAACUUAUAUAUUAACAGAAAAUGAAGAACUGUGGGAAAAAGAAUUACCAUCACGAAUUGAACAAUUACUACAAAAAGAUUCGUUAGUUGAAAAACAUAUCAGAACAAAAGAUAUUGAUACUAAAACAGGAAAGCGUAUUAAAUGGAAAUUAGUUACAUAUCAUAUUCCACAGAAUGAAGCCGUUCAAGUGUAUGAUUAUAAAGUCAAACAAUCUAGAAUUAUUUUUGGACCUGAUUUAAUUAUGUUAGAACCUGAUGAACAUUUUACACAUAUUAAUUCAUCGGGGUCCAUCGUUUACUCGCUAUUUUUACUUGGAUAUUUGUCUCUAUAUUGUACUUUUGCUUUCGUCGUUAUCUGCAAUAAAAUUUAG